GAGCAAUAGAAUUUUAUAAAUAUUUUUGAAUUAUUAAAAGAUUUUUUGUGUAUUAAUCAAGUUCAGUUUUAAUGAAGUUUUGUGAUGAACGGAAUGUUACCUUCUUUUACACCACCGGUGGUUAAACGACUGUUAGGCUGGAAAAAAGGCACAGACGCCGAUGACAAAUGGUGUGAGAAAGCAGUAAAAAGUUUGGUGAAAAAAUUAAAAAAGUCAGGUGCAUUGGAGGAGUUAGAACGCGCUAUUUCAUCUCAAAAUCCCAAUACUAAGUGUGUAACUAUACCCAGGGUCCGUCCCAAUGCAGAGAUAGGGAACCUGCAGCAACAGCGUAAGGGAUUACCUCAUGUUAUUUAUUGUCGUUUAUGGAGGUGGCCUGAACUUCAGUCACACCAUGAGCUAAGGUCUUUAGAUCAUUGUGAAUAUGGGUAUGCUUUAAAAAAGGAGGAGGUUUGUGUUAAUCCAUACCAUUACACAAGAAUUGAGACCCCAGCACUACCUGCAAUUUUAGUACCUCGUCAUACAUUAGGUGAUGAAAAUAAUUUAUUUCCCCAUUCUCUUGAGGACCUGAGCACUUCGGUUCCAGAGAAUACUUCUUUUCCUCACCACAAUACUAAUACAUUAGUAGGAUUGCACCUGCAGCACCCCACCACUUACAUGGAUACUGUAGGCAUAUGUCCUACUCCAACAAAUAUGGAAUCACCUCACAGUGUAGUUCCUCCAACAGAAACACCCCCUCCAGGAUAUAUGUCAGAAGACGGAGAUCCUAUUGAUCCAAAUGACAACAUGAGUAUGUCAAGAAUCACCCCUAGUCCUCCAGUUGAUGCUCAACCAGUGCUUUACUGUGAACCAGCUUUCUGGUGCAGUAUCAGUUACUACGAACUGAAUACAAGGGUAGGAGAGACCUUUCAUGCAAGUCAACCUUCAAUAACUGUAGAUGGUUUCACAGAUCCCAGCAAUUCUGAAAGAUUUUGUUUGGGCUUGCUGUCAAACGUAAAUCGUAAUACAGUAGUAGAACAAACUAGACGGCAUAUAGGAAAGGGAGUAAGACUGUAUUAUAUAGGUGGAGAAGUGUUUGCUGAAUGUUUGAGUGAUUCCAGUAUUUUUGUACAAUCUCCAAAUUGUAAUCAAAGAUAUGGUUGGCAUCCUGCUACAGUUUGUAAAAUACCACCAGGAUGCAAUUUAAAAAUUUUCAAUAAUCAGGAAUUUGCGGCGUUGUUAUCACAAUCAGUUAGUCAGGGAUUUGAGGCAGUUUAUCAGUUGACAAGAAUGUGUACGAUAAGAAUGUCAUUUGUCAAAGGAUGGGGAGCAGAAUAUAGGAGACAAACUGUAACGUCAACACCUUGUUGGAUAGAGCUACACUUAAACGGACCGUUACAGUGGUUAGAUCGAGUACUGACUCAAAUGGGAUCACCCAGGUUACCAUGUAGUUCGAUGUCGUAAUUGUUUAAGUUUUGCUCUGUCGGUUGUUUGACAGAAACUGUGAAUCGAUUUUAAAGUUGUGAGAGUUGAGUGUUUUUUCCUAUUGUAAGUAAUAAUAUUAAGAGCUACUGUUUUAAAAAUAGAAGACUAUCUCUGUGUUUUGGUAGUUUUAAAUUAUUGCUACGGUAUUAUUUUUGUGUUUCGAUAUCUUUGAUAAAAGUGUCAUUGGCAUAUGUUAAAUAAUUUGAUUAUUUAUAUCCAUAGCAAAGGUACAUUUACAAAAUGGAAAAAAUGUUUUAUUAUAUUUUACUGAUAAAAUUGCAAUAAUUUUCAUAACUAAUAUAAAUAAGAUUAUAAUAAAGAUUUGUUACAUUUAUCAAAUAACACACACUGCCAGUUAUCAUUGUGAAUCCGUUAAUCUUUUCACUGUGGAAAUACGCAAAUAAGGUUUAUAUAAAUGUGGAAAAAGUAUAUAUCUCUUGCCAUCCGCAAUGCUCUGCAUCAGAUCCAUCAAGUAUAAGAAUUUUAAAAUAUUGGCUAGAAUAUAGGGAGCGUAAAGGUAUUGAUUUGUAGAGAACAAUAAAAUAUGUUUAGUUACGAUAUUGAAACAGAGGCGGGUGCUAGUCUGACUGAAUAUCUAAUAAAAAAAAACACUUAGCAGUAUCUACAAUCUCGCAGAUUCGCUAGCUAAUGAAUGGAUGCAGUUGAUAUGAACUCCGGUAACUCGAGACGAAAAAUCGUCAUUUCACGCACCUCACAAUAAAAAUGUUUGCUCUCUGUUCCUUCUUCCUGUCGGUAGCUUUUUUCAAGCAUCGUGAUUUCGUGAAAUCUCUUUACUGCUUGUUCCAUUUGUCUUGCUUGUGAGUUUCUUAAUUAGUUUCUGUAUGUCUGGUUGGCUGCUACAGGCUAUGGUGGAAUUUCAAAUGCCGCUUCAUCUUGUUCAACUAACGGAACUUACACUCACAGCCGUAGAGAGUGUAGUCAGAAUCCAAAACGACUUUUCAAGACCCUUCCAUUGUAAAAAUGGACUAAGAUAGGGAAAUGGACUGUUGUGUCUCUUAUUUAACCUUGC